ACAUGUUCACUCCGUACUGCUUCAUAUCCCCGUUUUAUCUUCUACAAUCCUCCUCCAAUGUCUCCCCGGCUCGACCCCACCACUCUCGAUCUCUCCACCAAGAGCAUCCCCGCGCGAGAGGCUCGGGGCACGUAUCUGAGUUCAACAGUCAUUCGAGCCCCCGCCACCGACGCAUGGGACGCCGUGGUUAACACCGGCGCCUGGUCGACAUGGAACACCUUCUGCCCGGGGGCCACCGUCCGCGAGCAGCCUGACCAGAGACAGUCGACGCGGCUGCACCUCGGAACUAAGAUGACCAUCCAUCUCAACUGGAACCCCCGCGGACCCAAGACCAAGCCGGCCGAUGUGGCCCUGGUGGUGACCGAGUUCGACCCGCCCAAGGACGGGCGUCAGACACCCGCCCGCAUCGCGUGGGUGACCGAUCCCUCGGGCAAGGGGUUACCCGCGUGGCUACUGUAUGCGGAGCGGGUGCAUGAGUUCCAUGAAUUUGUGGAGGAGGCGGCAGAUGGGGAAACAAGAGGACAAGGAAAUCAACGCGUCACGCAGGUGGUAUCGUGGGAGUCACAGCGGGGGCCGCUGGCGUACGUGGUCAAGUGGUUCAUGGGGAAGAAGUUCCGGGCGUGUCUGCAGGUGCAGGCUGAGGAUUUGACGGCUUUCGUUGAAAACGGAGGCGAGACGAAGGUCGAUCGAUGAGAGAGAAUGGCAAGAUUGUUUUCUUUCCUCAUGCUGUCCUGUUUUGUUAAUCUUUCCUCAUUGCUGAGGCUUCUAAUGUAAUUUCACACUGCCGGUCGGGUGGCAUUCAUAGAUGCAGGUAUAUGGCUUCUUCUUUGAGUGUUGCCCUUUCUAAACAUAAUACUUUUAGAUAUUUGUAGAUCAGAUGCAAAUCGAGGGAGCAAAGAAAAGAGAAAAGCGUCGAGUGAGACCUGUUGUGGUGUGUGUU